AUGACGACCAAACGCGAAGCAUACCCAGUUCUGGCGAGAGACCACAAAGCACUCCCCGAUCAACCAACCAUCGUCCUGUCAGAAAUCGAUCAAGUCAUUCCAGGAAAUCAUACAACACCUUGCAUGGUCUACCCAUUUCCCAGCAACACAUUGACCAAAGAACAAUUGAUUGGUCAUUUGAGCACAGGCCUCGAAAAUCUAUUGACAAAUGUCCCGCUUGUGGGCAGUGUGCUUCACGAGACCACAGAAGGAGGAAUCUGCGCUCUUCGCCAAAAUCACAAGCCCAUCCAUCUUGAUGUUCAUCAUCUCGAUAUAGACUCGAGUUUGCCUUCGUAUCAGUACCUGGAGGAGCACAAUUUCGAUCCGGGCUUCUUCAACGAUAAGGGAGAUCUUUUGACACCCGAAGAUAUCAAUGUGGCCGGCUUCCGUCGUGAUGAGGGCUGCCCCGUAGCACUUUUCCAGGUUAAUUUUCUCCGAGGCGGCAUAAUACUGGCAUUGUCCUUCCAUCACAUGUGUGGGGAUGCCAAAAGUAUUGACAAUAUCUACGUUUACUGGGCUGCAAGCACUAAGGCGGCUUUAGAGGGGAAACCCUUGCCCGUCUGGAAGCCCAGCUUGGGCCGGACGUAUUUCAAUGCAGCCUACACACCAGAUGCUGCAGAAACUGAACAGUUAAAAAAGAAUAUUCGCGGAUUUACGUAUCAUCCUAUCAGCAAAGAUGAUCCUGGCAAGCUCAUCAAUCCUCCAGAGCGACCACCAACUAGCAACAAGAUUUAUCGCAUUUCUGCCGCGUCAUGCGCCAAGCUCAAGGAGAUGUGCAAGCCAACCGAAACCGGAAAGUUUGUUUCUAGCUACGAUUGCGUCUCAGCUCUGACUUGGCGCUGCGUCACCCGCUCACGGAUCCCCUUCUUGGACAUUGACGUGGAAAAGACGGAGUCAAGUUUCUCACACGCUGUAGACGUCCGAGGCAAGUGGGCGGGACAGAUCUCCCCAGACUAUGUGGGAAAUGGAUUUCUUGUGACACUUUCGGAUUCGAUCCCUUUGAAAGAGCUUAUCGAAAGCCAGAAUUUGGCUCGUAUCGCAGAGACAAUUCGUCAUUGUACUACAUUGAUCAACGAAAACUCCAUCCCAGAUCUCGUUAAAGUUCGUCAGGGUAUCGAAGGCAAAGAAGAGAUGCGCUGGAUCUGGCACCCGCAAAAUGUUGUGGGUACCAGCUGGACUGGGAUGAGAGCUUACGCGGAAUAUGAUUUUGGAUUUGGCCUGCCCAUGACAAUUAGGCUCCCACUACCAGCGUUUGAGGGCGUGUUUGGAGUAAUGCCAGCUACCAGGAUCGAUGGUAAGGUUGAUGGGCUUGAAGUAUAUGUUGUGCAGGAAAAUAGCUGUCAUGAUCGCUUAGCUGCAGAUCAAGAGUACCGCAAAUUCGCUGAUCUGCUCGGCUGA